GUGGGGGUGGAGGGUGGCUGGUGGGAGUGGGGUGUGUUUUAAUUCUGGAAAAGCUUAAAAUACAUAUGAUUGUGUUAAGUUCAGAGACAAUGUGUGAAUAUUUGGUAUUAUGUUUAGUAUAUAAACUGUUUACACUGUUUAAGAAAAUUUGGUGUGUUUGAUCAAGUAGCCUGGUUACUCAAUUUAAAAUGUAUAAUGCAGUAGUUGAUAUUAAACUUAGGAUUUUUAAAUUGAAUAUUAUAAAAUAGUUUGGCUACAUUUAUAAAUAGUACUGGAAUGUUGAAGACAAUUUAAGAUUUAUUACAUUGGUAAUUUUAAUUUGUUAGAUUAACGAGAUGGUUUCCGUAGCUGGAAAUUGAUGUGCUUCAAAAGGAAAGUUAAAUAUAUUAACUUUGUUAGUGUAGUGGAAAACUUUUAAAGGGAUAUAAUUAACUAGGAUGUAAAUGGGACUGAUUCUUCAAAGAGUUUAGUUCUUUUUCAACAUGAGUUGCUCAGACGUGCCCUCAAAAGUGAUUGUGAACACAUUUAUGUAAAAUCACACAAUCUAUAAAUCAACCUUAAUUUAUUUUUAUCAGUUGAUGUUAAUAAAAAACUUCAAGGUAUAAUAAAUAAUUUUAUCUGUGUUUAAAAUACAAAAAAAUUCAUACCUUUUGUCUGACACGUAUGGCUCUCGUAAGUGUGUUUGUUGUUCUCUAGCCUUUCUCAAUGACCCCCAACAACCAGAUUUCAGUUAGGAAAUGUCCCAACUACAGUGUCCUAUUCUGAACCCUGAAAACUUCCUACCAAUAUGAGAACUUUCCUUUCCCCCUCAACUUGGCUUCCUUCCCUCCUGAGUGCUACCAUUGGCAGAGCAAAUAUGACUCAGAAACCGGCUCCCCAGGGUUGUAACAUUAGAUGAUACACUGUAAACCAAUGCCUUUGUGCUACUGGGCUGGGCUCUCUAGAAGGUGUGUUGCUGCCAGAACUGCUGGGAAAUCACUCACAGGUGUGGAAAGAAAGGGCUUGCCACCGGCCUGGGCAUCUAGGGACCUUUCUCACAGCUGGGAAGGGUUCUGAAAUUAAUCAGAAAUACCUCCAGAAGAUAAGUUUUAGAGGUGAAGUAAGCCCGUGAAGAACCAGCAUGGGAAUUCUAUACUCCGAGCCCAUCUGCCAGGCGGCCUAUCAGGAUGACUUUGGUCAAGUGUGGCGGUGGGUGCAGAAAGACAACAACUACAUUAACAUUCAAGAUGGCUUUAAUGGAGACACCCCCCUGAUCUGUGCUUGCAGGCGUGGGCACCUGAAAAUCGUUUCCUUCCUUUUAAGAAGAAAUGCUGAUGUGAAUCUCAAAAACCAGAAAGAGAGAACCUGCUUGCAUUAUGCUGUGAAGAGGAGAUUCACCUUCUUUGAUUAUCUACUCAUUAUCCUCUUAAUGCCUAUUCUGCUUAUUGGCUAUUUCCUCAUGAUAUCAAAGACAAAGCAGAAUGAAACUCUUGUACAAAUGAUACUUGCUGCUGGCGUCGAUGUUAAUGCUGCAGACUGCUAUGGCUGCACUGCCCUACAUUAUGCCUGUGAGAUGAAAAACCAGACUGUUGUCUCUCUGCUCCUUGAAGCCCAUGCAGACCCCAUGAUAAAGAAUAAGCAUGGUGAGAGUUCACUGGACAUUGCCCGGAGAUUAAAAUUUUCCCAGAUUGAAUUAAUGCUAAGGAGAGUUUCAUAAUCCUGUGGCCUCACAGAUGGAGAAGUGGGCAAAGUUAAAGAACUGGAUUCUAUUUCCAUCUUGGACUGUUGGAAUGUGGGCCACUCAACCUGAAAGCCACCAUUUUAUGGGGAUAAUUACGGUUGCCAUGGGCAGCGUUUUUGAAGAGCUUGUUAUUUAUAAUGUGUUUUGCUCUGUGUGGUUCACCACUGCCAUAAUCCUGUAGGGGAAGCACUGAAUUUGUUGGAGUCUUCACUUCAGCCUAAACACAUGAUGUUUCAACCUCGGUCUCUUCUACAGAAAAGGAGCAGAGUUAAACAAAAGAGUAUUCUGUCUUUGCAGUUGUUUUACUUAUAGAGUCUGUCCUGUCUACUUCAUGCCCUAGGACACAAACUGUUCCUUUCAGGUCCCUUUGAUUAGCAAGAAGAAAAGUCAAAAUGUGGGCGUUUGUAUAGAGUGAUGUGCAUAUAUGUGUGGGUUUAGAGGUUCAUGUGUAAAUAUUCCUUUGGUGAAAUAACUUCAGCAAAGACAUCCAUUAGUUGUCAGUGGUAGAAGUAUUUACAUCACCGAAAUUGCAAAUGCUACAAAUGAGGGUUUUUGUUUUCCUUUCUUUCCAGACUGCCACUUUAUCAGCACACUAUGAGACAUUUUGGUAUCAGUUUUCAAGUAAAGGCUGUCUUAGUUUUGAACGAGACUAUGUAACUAUCAAUAUGUUUGUUCUAAACGAUCUUUAUGAUUCUCUUGAGAAUAAAAACCGGAUACCAAAAUUGCUAGUUUUGUUUAUUUUUACUGAUAAAAUUUUAAAUAUUAUUGUUAAUUAUUUGGGUAAAGGGUUUCUUUACAAAAAAUAUAGCUAUAUGAUGAGAUGAGGUGGUAUUUGGAAUAUACUUUUAAGUGAGAGAUUAUGAAACCAAAAUAUAUCUCACCUCUUUUGUGAAUGAGAUAGAGUGGAAAUCAAUAUAUUUAAAAAAUUAUGAUUGAACUUUGCAAAUCAAGUCUGAAUGACCCAUGGCCGUGGACACAAGCUAAACCACACUACGUGUGGUAAUAAGCACAACCUAAGAAUGAAAGGUUUACUAUUCUUGCCCAGAACAAAGGUCUAAUAAAAGUCAAACCUAGGAAUAUUUAUUGAACUAUGUACAGGGCCUUGAGGCACAUAUUUUGUAAGGGAAGGAACCUGUAGAAAUAUUCUGAAACCCUUAAAUAACUCAGUAUAUUAUCUGAGAUCCAUUUAAGAUCCGUUCACACUGACCUGAGUUACCAGGUGACUAGGUGAGGGGAAAACAAGCGGACUCUAUAUGCCAGUGUACCUUGGAUUUAGUUUCGGAUUAGACUUUGCAAAAUUGUACUAUUACUCGUGUAAUUUAUUACUGCCGUCUUUGAAGCUGUAUGAAAAUUGAAUAAUUUUUCUAAAGAAAUAAAUCUCGAUUUGUGGGUGAGUUGGGGUGAUUGUCUGACAGUAACUUUGAUCAAAGGAUAAAAUACAUAAGCGUGUUUCAUUACAUUAUAAUAUUUUCUUCCUAGCUCUUAUUAAUUUUUAGAGGCAGAAAAGUGGGCCAGACAUUUCUAGCCAUUGUAUCUCCAAGCAAUAGGCUGUAAACUCUCAAACUUGGUCUAGGCUGUAGGUACUAAAAUACAUAUACGUGCUUUCUGUAAUGCAUAAUGCCUUUGUUGGACAACUCAUAAAUAUCCUACAAAAUUUUCUUCCCUGAGACCCAACUUUAAAAUGUGGGCCUAUUAUAAGGAUACUUAAAAUAUAUUUCAUCUGCAUUUUACCUUGGCUUUCUGAGGUAGUGUUAUGCCUCUACGGUUAUAAGGUGAAAACGUCUGGCUUAUUUUUUCGAAGUCAACAACAACUCAAGACUCGAGACCUCAAUACCUAUCCCAAUUUGUCAUUUUACUUUGCUGCUGCAAAUAUAUGGCUUAUA